GGCAGGACUUCAGUUAACUUCGUGCUCUUUUCUGUUAGGGUGUGUCAUUUUUCCAGCCGCAUAGUCUGUCCACAAAACAAGACAAAACGGCAACACUGAGCGGAAAGAUAACUAGGCAAUACACGGAUUUGGGUUACUACAGCAUUCUACGCAAGAGCACCAAAGAUGGCGAACCAACUGCAAAAGAUCAUUGCAGAGAAGAAGGACCUGGUGGAGACUGUGAUGGACGUGUUUGAGAAAGGCACAGAGGUGUUGGCCAGCAUCGCUGGGGACCUCUUCCCCAUCUUCUCCAUCGUGGCCCCCGUGGUGCAGCUGGCCAUGGACAACGUGGAGAGCAAGGAGGCCGAGUUCAUGAAGGAGCAGUUCCAGAAGGUUCGGAAUCAGCUGGAGGUCGUCUCCGAGGAGAUCUGCCGCGUCGACCAGGAGAUCAGGAAGAGUGGGGCGGAUGUCACCUACUUUUCCGCGGAGGAGAACCUGAGCAAUCAGUUCCGCAAGUUCAUGGACAUCCUCAACGCCAAGCCCAAGUUCCGGGAGGUCAAGAAGAAGCUGUUUCUGGAGCACUUCUCCAAGACCGGGGGCGACAAGAACCUGCACACCUUGUACGGCGCUGUGACGGGGGACAACUUCUCCGGGGAGUCAGUGCUGGAGAUCACCCUCAACUAUCACGAAAAGAGCCGGCGGGUCAUGGAGGACUUCUGCGCCCGUCUGAAGAACCUCUUCUGCAUUGGGCUCAUCGCCUUGGUGGGCCAGGCGGCUCUGAAGGGGGCCGGCGAGGAAGAGGAUGUCGUGAAGGACUGGGGGGAGAGGAUGAAGGAGGUCCAGGGGAAGAUGGACGCCGUCAUCCAGGACUGCAUCGACAGUUACCCGGAGCAGGCCCAGAUAGACACCCGGCGCCUGGUGAGGGAUCGAGGGGCAAAGACCAGCAAAGAGCUGGCCGACUCCAUCUUGGAGGCCCUGGGGCACAAGUAUGACUGGGUGCGCUGGUCCGUGCGGGUGUACUUGCCACCUUCAGGCAUGUUUAGAAAUAAGAAAGACUAUAACUGUGCAGUUGGGAAGAGCCGGUUCCAGGAGCUGGGGUCGGAGGGGAAGCUGGCGGUGGUGGUGUCCUACAGCGCCUCUCCCGAGCCCCUGGACAAGCCCUUGAUCCAGCAACUGCUGGCGGGGCAGAAGAAGCAGAUGCCGGAAGUCGUGGCUGAGAUGCUGUUCGAGCAGGUGCCCGUCUGUUCCAUCCACGUGAUCUCGACGGACGCCAAGGACCUGGCCUUCGCCUGUAACUUCGCCGAUGAGCUCCACUUUUGGGAGGUGCACAAGAAGCUACAUGUCUGUGUGCACUCUGCCUAAGGCUGAGGCCCAUGGUUGGUCAUGCGUACGCUGGUUUUUAUGCCAGCCUCAGCUCUUGAUGAUACAAGUUGUUCAAUUAUCUGCUAAAUUUGGUCUUGUAGUUCUUUAUAUUCUGUGCUUUAAUGCAGUUGAAUGCAAAUGGUUUAAUGAGUAACUGGAGUCAAUUAAGGCAGCAUUAAUUGGUUGGAAUGAAAAACCUGCAUACACGUGGCUCUCCAUGCCAACUAGUUUGGAGAUCACUGCCCUAAAGGAAGGGCGAGAGGGAGCUUGGGAGUGGGUGAGGGGAUGUCCACUUUUGGUUGUCAGCUGUAAACUCUUCAAACACUCCAAAAUGCCCAAAUGGACAUCGGGGCUAAUUGUGGAAGUAGAGCGAACAGAUAGAACAGACUCGCACUCUCGGUCGUUAUCAAUACCGCAAGGCUAUGACUAAAUUCUGGAAAACACACUAUUUUAUAAUUUGCUGCUGCAUAAAUCAUUGGCUGUGUGUUGUAUGUGUGUGUGUGUAUGAGUGAGAGAGAAAGAGAGAGAGAGAGAUCCACUGAAAAAAUCAAAUUUUCAGUCAAAUGUACCUUUUCUGUUUACUGCUGCAAAUCAUUCCUCAACUAUUCUUACUAUACUAUUCAACUAUACUUUCAGCAUAAUACCACCUUUUGAAUGAUUAGGCCAUUUGUACGGUGAAAUCAGGAUAAUUAUUUACCAUUUCUAUAUUUGGAGUCAAUUUUCUCAAAACCUGAUUUUGGAAAAUAUUACAUUUUCCUUAGUGCAUCCUAUCAUCAUGAAACUUUGCCAACCAUUACUCCACAUCCAGGAGAGUGUUUUGAGCCAAUUAUUGUUUUGUUAUAAGCUUUAGGGGUGGGUACAGCAUCACAAAUCUCAUUCUUAGAUCCUGAAAAUUCAAGAAAAAUGACUAUUGGGUAGUGCUGAUUUAAAAAACAAAAUAAAAUGGUUCAAAACAAUCUUCAAACAUGUCUUAUUUCAGAUUAUAAACUGCUACAAAAUUGUCAUUGUAAUUUUGAAUAAAGUAUGCAAAUGGACUAAUUUA